ACGCACCGCGCAUUGAUCCGCUGCCUGUAAUCAUCCACCCUGACCCUGCUGAGACCUGGACACGAUCACAGGACUUUACCAUGGAGAAAGACGCAAGACCCAACUGGGACAACCCCCUGCAGUUCCUGUUGGCCUGUGUGUCAUACGCAGUGGGACUGGGAAACGUGUGGCGGUUUCCAUACCUGUGCCAAAUGCACGGUGGAGGGGGGUUCCUGAUUCCAUAUCUUAUCAUGCUGAUUCUGGAGGGCGUGCCCUUAUUCUGCUUAGAGCUCGCCAUCGGUCAGAAGAUGCGUCUGGGAAGCAUCAGGGCAUGGACUGCCAUCAACCCCUAUUUGGGAGGAGUGGGUCUCGCUAGUGUUGUGACAUCCACGUAUCUGUGUCUCUAUUACAACAUCAUCAAUGCCUGGAGUUUCUGGUACCUCUUUAAUUCAUUCCAAUCAGUCCUGCCCUGGGCAGACUGUCCCAUCAAUGCCAACGGAACAGGAUACGUAGAGGAGUGUGAGAAGGCCACACCCACCCAGUACUUCUUCUACAGGGAAACACUGGAUAUUUCUUCUUCCAUUGAAGUGAACGGAGGCAUUAAGACAAGCCAGGCAUUGUUACUUCUGCUCGCCUGGGUGAUUUCCUACCUUUUUAUAAUCCGAGGAAUAAAGUCAACUGGAAAGGUGGUGUACUUCACAGCCACAUUUCCAUAUGUGGUCCUGUUUAUCUACCUGAUCUGGGGCUUCACGCUGCACGGUGCCGUAAACGGUGUCAAGUACAUGUUCACACCCAAGAUGGAACAGCUUGCCAACCCUACCACGUGGAUCAAUGCGGCCACUCAGAUCUUUUUUUCUCUGGGUUUGGGUUUUGGGUCACUCAUAGCUUUCGCCAGCUACAACGAGUACAACAACAACUUUGAGCGCCAGGCCAUCAUGGUUUCCCUCAUCAACAGUGGAACGUCCGUCUUUGCCAGCAUUGUCACCUUUGCCAUCUAUGGGUUUAAGGCCACAUUCAACUAUGAGAACUGUCUGGAGAGGACACGCUUGCUGUUGCUGAAUACCUUCGAUCUAGCAGAGGACACCAUCUCCUUGGACACUGUCUUUGAGUGGAUUGAGAAACUGAAUGCAACAUACCCGCAGGAGUUUGCUGAGAUCUCCAGCAAACUGGAAACAUGUGACCUGGAGAGUGAACUAGACGGUGCAGUAGAGGGGCCAGGUCUGGCCUUCAUCGUGUACAGCGAAGCUAUUAAAAACAUGCCUUUGCCUCAGCUGUGGUCUGUGCUGUAUUUCUCCAUGCUCCUGCUGUUGGGAAUGGGCAGCAUGCUGGGCAACAUCACUGCCAUCAUCACCCCGCUACGAGAUUUCAAGGCCAUGUCCUGCAUGAGCAACGAGUUGUUUAACGGUUUAGUGUGUCUGUUCUGUUUCCUGCUCGGCCUGGGCUUCACUACCACAUCAGGGAGUUACUGGUUUACCAUGUUCAAUGAUUACGGAGCCACUUUCUCGCUGCUGUUCGUUGUCCUCAUCGAGGUCAUCACCAUUAGUUACAUCUAUGGAAGUAAAAGGUUUGAAAAAGACGUAGAGGAUAUGCUUGGUCAUCGGCCAAACUUGUACUGGAGAAUCAUGUGGAAAUUCGUCAGUCCCCUUCUCCUUAUUACAAUAUUCAUCUUCUACAUCGUCAGCUACAUCCUGGGAGGAACACCUACUUACCAAGCGUGGAACAAAGAGCUGGGUAAGUCUGAGGUAACAGAGUAUCCGGUCUUUGGUCAAGUCUUCAUCGGACUGCUGCUGCUGUCGUCGGUGAGCUGUGUUCCCCUCACAGCUCUCUACGUCUACUGCAGGAAGAGGAAACAUGGCCACCAUCCGAGGGAGCGGACCGUGAGCACAGUGUGUGAUUAGGGACCACACCAUCUCUGAACACAGCAGCAGAACACCAUCGAGCCACCACCAUACAUGAGCGGACCGUGGCACACAAUCAGUGCUCAUUUGUGUUUUCUCUCCUUUAUUUCUCGACUUUCACCACAGUUUGCAUUGCUGCGAGCAUUUUUUGAUCUCCCCUCUCCCUGUCAGAGGACUUCUUUUAAGUUUGGACGAUACAAAUACCCCUUGGAAAUGGAAACAGAUCAACCGGAGGCAAAGGGCAAUAAACCCAGAAGGAGGCAUCAAAUAAAUCUGCCCCUUAAGAUAAAGAAAACUGUGUAUCUGGUAAAUGAGCUGUAUUUAUAUAGCACUUAACAGCCGCUCAAAGUGCAGUAGGAGUCACAAUCACAUAAGUUCUUCUGUCAAGUGAUAUUAUUUGAUUGUAUAACUUCCUCCAGUAUUAAAGUUAGACUGUGCCGAUCACUUUUAAAAACUGGAAGAAUUCCUCGCUCAGCCUCAGCUAGUCCACGGCGUAAUAGUGGAAUAUGUUUAUUAGUGUAGAUAGAGUUUGUUUGAUUCUUCAACAUUUAUUGCAAAUGUAUCAUAUGACACUAUGUUUUUUUAAUAUGACAGAUGAUUGUAUGUAGAUAAGUAUCUUGUUCCAUUGUGAUAUCUAGGGUUUGAGUACGGUAGAUAUUAGAUGUUUUAAAUCAUGUUUAACAGCUAACCUCAAAUAUGAAUGCUUCUUAUCAGUGGGAUCAAGCCAAACACGUUUUUUGUUGAAAUAUAAAACUCCACAAUGGGAUUUUAGUCCAGCGAGAGGAUUUCAGAGGGGGUUUGAAGCAUGAGCGAAGGAGAAGCUCAGUUCACACCACACUGACCUGUUUUUUUUAUUAUGUAAAAUAUUUUGGAUAAGUAGCAUUAUAUCUAUAAUCUAUCUAUAAAGGGCUGAUAUCUGCUUUUGUUUCCUCUCUAUAAGAGUAAAGCCGAGCAUGUGUAUUAACCAGUACAGCAACUUCUGAGCCAAAUAUAAACAAAAUACUGAAAUAUUUGCUUUAUACAUCCUCAAACAUGUACACUGUGUACAUAUUGUAGAUAAGUCUUCAAACUUUCUUAUGAAUACUCAAUAAAUAUGUGACUUUUGCUUUC